AUGGUCACCACUGAUCGCAUCAAGGAAUCCGCCGUGCGUUCACUGAUUACAAUAGGAUCUCGAGGGGAUAGGGGGGUAUCACUGGACGCUAGUGCUCUGCGACUCCUAACAGCUCUAGCAAAUGCUCUAGUUUUGGAAACACUGCUGAGAGCUGCACAGUACACCCAACUAGAUGGACGCUCAACAGUCGUUGCUACAGAUUUCCAACGGAUUUUGCCAAGUAUCUUAUUGGAUUUUUCUAUGUGA